GGGCUGAUGCGUGGGCCGGCACUUCCGACUAUAAAACCCCGGCGAACCGAUGGAGUCACUCACAAUCGGAUUUCGACGUUCGCUCUGGUGCAGUUCGAUACGGUCUAGUGAUUAGUCAAGGACCCAACGGCUCAAGUUUUUUCCCUCUUUGAUCCAGGACCCAACGGACCUUGAAGCGGCGCCAAAAUGUGUGACGAUGAUGCUGGAGCACUAGUCAUCGACAACGGAUCCGGUAUGUGCAAAGCCGGUUUCGCUGGUGAUGACGCCCCACGUGCCGUCUUCCCUUCCAUUGUCGGCCGCCCACGUCACCAGGGUGUGAUGGUCGGUAUGGGUCAGAAGGAUGCCUACGUUGGUGACGAAGCCCAAUCCAAACGUGGUAUCCUCACCCUGAAGUACCCGAUAGAGCACGGUAUCAUCACCAAUUGGGAUGAUAUGGAGAAGAUCUGGCAUCACACCUUCUACAAUGAGUUGCGAGUUGCUCCUGAAGAACAUCCAGUCCUGCUGACUGAAGCUCCACUGAAUCCAAAAUCCAACCGUGAGAAGAUGACGCAGAUCAUGUUUGAGACGUUCGCUGCACCUGCUGUGUAUGUUGCCAUCCAGGCUGUUCUGUCCCUGUACGCCUCCGGUCGUACCACUGGCAUUGUGUUGGAUUCUGGAGAUGGUGUUUCCCACACCGUCCCAAUCUACGAAGGUUAUGCUCUACCACAUGCCAUCCUCCGUAUGGACUUGGCUGGUCGCGAUCUGACCGACUACCUGAUGAAGAUCCUGACCGAGCGCGGUUACUCGUUCACCACCACCGCUGAGCGUGAAAUCGUUCGUGAUAUCAAGGAAAAACUGUGCUACGUCGCUCUGGACUUCGAGCAGGAAAUGCAGGCUGCCGCCGCUACCUCGUCGUCCGAGAAGUCCUAUGAACUUCCCGACGGUCAGGUCAUCACCAUCGGCAACGAACGUUUCCGUGCCCCAGAAGCCCUCUUCCAGCCAUCCUUCUUGGGUAUGGAAUCCACUGGCAUUCACGAGACCGUCUACAAUUCCAUCAUGCGUUGCGAUGUGGACAUCCGUAAGGAUCUGUAUGCUAACAGCGUCUUGUCCGGUGGUACCACCAUGUAUCCAGGUAUUGCCGAUCGUAUGCAGAAGGAAAUCACUUCCCUGGCUCCAUCCACCAUCAAGAUCAAGAUCAUUGCCCCACCGGAACGUAAAUACUCCGUUUGGAUCGGAGGAUCCAUCCUGGCUUCCCUGUCCACCUUCCAGGCCAUGUGGAUCUCCAAGCAGGAAUACGACGAAGGCGGCCCAGGAAUCGUCCACCGCAAGUGCUUCUAAGCUGAACCACCCUUUUGUACUGAUUACCAUAAGCGACAUUGCCAGUGAAAGCGACAACAGCAGCAUCAAAGUACAUUUGUCAUUCUGAUUCGGCUAGUACCACCAUCCGGAAUCAGCUUGCAUCGAACAUCAAUUCACGUUAUUCAAUGUAUCUGUCAUCCAGCUCAGACAACACGUGGUGCAUUCUCGGCCUACGAAGACCUACUACACCCGCGGAGAAAGCACUGCACCCCAGAGAGGACUCGUAUGAUAGCCAGGGAGGAGAACAUCAACUUACCUUGUGGCAAAUCUUCAUUAAAAAAACGGACAUCUUCAACUAAGAGCCCAUGUGCUUAGCUUGGUUUAGGAGUUUAGUGUGACACCAUGACCCCGCUGAUGAUCUUAUCUUAGCACCACAACCACCUUUAUGCGUUCGUUCAUCCAAAACAAGAGGACAUCACUGCAGCCGCGAGAAAAACUCGCGAACCAUCCUGUUUUCUUUUUUAUAAUAUUCUUACUUUUAGUUUCAAAUUAUUUUCAGUAAUAAAAACGUCUCAAAACAUUAAA